AUGCAGGCGGCACCGCUUCCCCUCCGCAUUUCAGCACCUCAUGCGCUAGCACCUGAUUGCGCGGAUGAAUGUGCAGCGGGGAGAGUCGGCGCAGCGCCGGCGGGUUUUGGCGCGGGCAAAGAUCGACCAGCUAGAGAUCCCGCAGAGGGUGCUGCGGGGGGAGCUGCGGGGGAUGGCGCAGGGGGUGCUGCGGGGGAUGGCGCAGGGGGUGCUGCGGGGGAUGGCGCAGGGGGUGCUGCGGGGGAUGGCGCAGGGGGUGCUGCGGGGGAUGGCGCAGGGGGUGCUGCGGGGGCUGAUGCUUGGGAUAGCGCUUGGGUUGCUGCGGGGGGUGCUGCGGGGGGUGCUGCGGGAGGUGCUGCGGGGGAAGGUGUUCGGGAUAGUGGGGGGGGAGCUGCGGGGGCUGUUUUAGUGGGCGCUAAAGAAGGCCGAGGCGCAGGGGGAACUACCGCUGAUUGUGCAGCUCCCGACGUCGGCGCAGCAACGGGUUUCGCGGCGGUGGGCGGAAGCGCGACAGGGGGCGCCGCCGCGGGAGAGGGUGCGCGCGGUACUCCCGGGGCUGGCGCGGAGGGAGUUGCUUGCGCAACUGCGGGUGCUGCAGCUUGCAACGGUUUCCCAGGCGCAGCAGAUGCGGGGGAAGGUGUUUGGGAUGAUGGGGGUGGUGCUGCGCGUACUGAUGCUGGUGAUCCAUCAGUCGCUGAGCGCGCCGUUGGUGCUAGAGGAGAUCGGUGUGUAACCGCUGCUGUUGACGUCACGACUGCGCGGGACGGCGCGGGGGAGACCGACGGUGCAACAGCAGGCGUUGGUGGUGAUACGGUGGGAGCCGCUGCGGGUGCUGGAGGUGAUGUAACAGUUGGUGCUGGAGACGAAGUAACCGCGGGUGAAGUUAACGGCCCUCCUUUGGGAGUCGCAGGGGCUGCUGAUGUCGCAGCGGCUGCUGGUGUCGCAGGGGCACCUGGUGUCGCAACGGCUGCUGGUGUCGCAGGGGCUGCUGAUGUCGCAGGGGGUGCUGAUGUCGCAGGGGCUGCUGGUGUCGCAGCGGCUGCUGGUGUCGCAGGGGCUGCUGGUGUCGCAGCGGCUGCUCGUGUCGCAGGGGCUGCUGGUGUCGCAGAGACCACUGGUGUCGCAGGGGCUGCUGGUGUCGCAGCGGCUGUAGGUGCUGAUACAGCCACCGGUGUUGGGGUGACAGGAAGGGGAGGAGCGGAGGGUGCGGAGUUUAAGGAGGGUAAAGAGGGAAAGGAGGGUAAUGUUGGUGCGAUGGGUGAGGAGGGAUGUGAGAGGGGUGGAGGGGCAGAAGGAGAUGGUAAGGGCGAGGCUUUGGAAGCGAGUGAGAGUGUAGUUAAAGGAGAGGAGGCUAAGGAGGAGGUUGCGAGGGAGGUUAAGGCGGGGAAGGAUGAGGGCAAGGAGGAGAGGAAGGAGGGGGGGAAGGAGGAAGGAAAGGGGGAGGGGAAGGAGGGGGGGAAGGGGGACGGGAAGAAGGAGGGGAAGGAGGAAGAGGAGGAGGAGAGGAGGACGGAGGGGAAGGAGGAGGGAAAGGAGAAGGGUAAGGAGGAGGAGAAGGAGGGAAAAGGGGAGGGGGAGAAGGAGGGGAAGAAGGAGGAGAAGGUGGAGGGAAAGGAGGAGGGUAAGGAGGAGGAGAAGGAGGAGGGGAAGGGGGAAGUGAAGGAGGAGGAGGGGAAGGAGGAGAGGGGGAAGGAGCGGAAGGAGGCGGGAAAGGCGGAGGGUAAGGAGGAGGAGAAGGAGGAGGGGAAGGGGGAAGUGAAGGAGGAGGAGGGGAAGGAGGAGAGGGGGAAGGAGCGGAAGGAGGCGGGAAAGGAGGAGGGCAAGGAGGAAGGGAAGAAGGAGACGAGGGAGGAAAAUAAGGAGGAGGGAAAGGAGAAGGGGAAGGAGGAGGAGAAACAAGAGGGAAAGGAUGCGGUUGGAGGAGUGGAAGAGGGCAGCGAGAGAAAGACAGAUGAGAGUGUUGAGAAGGGACGUGAUGAGAAGGACGGAGCAGUUAAAGAGGAAGAGAAGAAGAGGAGAGAGGUAGAGGAGAAGGAAAAAGAGGUGGAAGAAAAGGAGAAAAUAGAGGAGAAGCAGAAACAUGUAGAAGAGAAGGAGAAAGGGGUGGAGGAAAAGAAGAGUCACGCAGAGAAGGACGAAGCGGAAAAGGGGAAGAAGGAGGAGGAAGGCGAGAAGGGAGAGGAAGGGGAGAAGCAAAACGAGGAAGAGGGAAAGCAAAAGGAAGAGAAGCCGAAGAAGGGGAGGGAAGACGAAGGAGGGGGCGACGCAAGCUUGGAAGAGAAGACCAAGCUGAAGAAGCGAGGCAGCGAUGGUAUCCCGCUCCGCACUCUCGCUCUCUCUGUUGCCUCCAGGUGUUCCGAGCUCUGUGGAAAACACCUGAGAGGCUCCGCUGCUGCCAGUGAACUGCGCCGGAAGCUCCAGGGCAGAGAACAUGUUUUCGAGAUCGGGCAGGGACCGGAUGAGGUGGUCCGAUUGGUGGAGGGGGAGGCGAAGCUGCCCAAAAGAAAGAAGAAAGGGGAGGUUGCUGAGAAGAAGGUUGGGGGCACUGAUGGCAAGGAGGUUAAGAGUGGAACUUCAAAGGGGGGUGGGGAACAGGGUGGGGAGCACAGGGAAGGGGUGGGUUUGAGCCGAAUGAAGCAGCAGAAAGGGAGAGAAGGGGGAGAGGGGCAGGGGAAGGCUGGGGAGGGUGAUGGAGGGAAGCUGGCUGGGGAGGAGGUGGAAGGUGGUGUGGGGAAGGGGGAAGGUGGUGUGGGGAAGGGGGAAGGUGGUGUGGGGAAGGGGGAAGGUGGUGUGGGGAAGGGGGAAGGGGGUGUGGGGAAGUGGGAAGGAGGUGUGGGGAAGGGGGAAGGAGGUGUGGGAAAGGGGGAAGGAGGUGUGGGCAUGAGAGUGCUGCUGGAAACAGGCGAGGCUGGUGGCAGAGAUGGGGAGAAGGGGGAGAUGGGGAAGACAGACGAGGGGAAGACGGACGGGGGGAAGACGGACGGGGGGAAGACGGACGGGGGGAAGACGGAUGAAGAGAAGACGGGCGAGGGGAAGUCGGAUGGGGGAAAGUCGGAGCUGGGGAAGGAGGAUGGGGGGAAGUUGGAUGGGGAGAAGGCGGAUGGGGGGAAGGUGGAAGGGGGAAAGACGGAUGGAGGGAAGUUGGAAGGGGGAAAGGCGGAUGGGCGAAAGGUGGAAGAAGGGGGAAUGGCGGUUGGGGAGGAGGUGGAGUGGGAAAAGACGGAUGGAGGGAAGACGGAUGGGGGGAAGGUGGAAGAAGGGGGAAAGAAGGUUGGGGAGAAGGUGGAGGGGGAAAAGACGGAUGGGGGGAAGACGGAUGGGGGGGAGACGGAUGGGGGGAAGGUGGAAGGGGGGAAGACGGAUGGGGAGAAGGCGGAGGGGAAAAAGACGGAUGAAGGGAAGGCGGAUGGGGGAUAUGGGAGGAAGGGAAAGGGUGGAAAGGCGGAUGGGGCGGAUGAAGAGAAGAAAAAUGUUGAUGAUGCUGCAGUUGACCUGCAGAGUGAAUCUACUGAUGCUGGUGGUGAUGGUGGUGGUGGUGAUGGUGCUGGUGGCGGUGAUGGUGCUGGUGGUGGUGAUGCUGCUGCUGUUGUGGUAGAUAGCAGCAGUGAGGAUGCAGAGGAGGUGACUGGUGGGAAGCGGAAAGGGAAGGGGGCGCAGAGGAAAGGGAGAGUGGGUGCAACGAAGGGCGGGAAGAGGGGUAGGAAAGGGGAGGAGAAGAAGAAAUGGAAGAAAAAACAGGAAGAGGGGGAAGUGGAGGAGAUAGAGGAGGAGGAGGAAGAGGAGGAGGAGGAAGAAGAGGAGGAAGAGGAGGAGGAGUGGCAAGCAGGAGAAGCGAGGGAGAAGGGAAGAAGGCACAAGACCCAGGGGAAGGAGCAGCAGAAGGGGCCAGGUAAAGGCAAGACUGCAGGGACGGCAGGGACGGGUGCAGAAGGGAAGGGGCCGACGGGGUUGAAAAAGGCUCCAAAGGAGACAUCAAAAGAGGUGCAGGUGAAGGGAGGUGUGAAGAAGGAUGCAAGAGGGGAUGCAAAGGGGGGUGCGAAGGGGCAUGGAAAAGGGGAUGGGAAGGGGGAUGGGAAAGGAGAUAGAAAGGGGAAUGGGAAGGGAGGUGCAAAGGCAGCAGAGGUUGCUGAUCUAGUCAUCAGUAGCCCUAGGAGGACCAGUGCGAGUGGCGGCGGCAGAAGGAGCAAGGCUGUUCCAGUCCGUGCUGCUGCUGCUGCUGCUGCUGCUGCUGCUGCGUCCCCCCCCGCGCCCUCGUCACCCCUCGCCUCGCCUACCGCUGCUUCUCCCGCUGCGGCCAAGAGGAGGAGGAGCGCUGCGACGGAGGAGAAGGCAGGUGUGGGCAUGAACCGCAUGUGCCACCAGUGCCAGCGUAACGACAAGGAGGAGGGCGUGGUAUACUGCAAGCGCGUGCCCACCCACCGCUUCUGCCUCCCCUGCAUCCGCCAGUGGUACCCCAUGUACACAGUGGAGGAGAUAAUCGCCUUCUGUCCCAAGUGCCGUGGCAACUGCAACUGCAAGACCUGCCUCCGCACCCGCAUCCCUGCACCCUAUCGAUCGGCAGGUGCAUCGGCAGAGGAGCGAGCGGGCAUGGCGUGUCGGGUGCUGCGCUAUGUAACUCCCGUGCUGGCCGACCUGGUGCAGCAGCAGCAGGAGGAGAUACUGCUGGAAGCUGCACUUCAGGGCAAAGACCCGCAAGAAGUGGAUAUCCAGCGAGUGAAGAUCGCAGUAGACGAGCGCAUCUUCUGCUCACACUGCCAGACGUCCAUCAUUGACCUUUUCCGCAGCUGCCCGGACAAGGAUUGUGCUGCUGGUGUGGGUGAUGCUGCUGUUGAUGCUGAUGGGGAUGGUGGGGGGGAUGGAAGCGGUAGGAAGGCGAAUGGGGUGAGAGUUCAGUGGGUUGCUGAUGCUUCUGGGGCGAUUCGGUGCCCUUCUGUGCGGUGUAGAGUGGUGGAUGGAGGCAGAGGGGAGGCGAAGGAGGAGAGGAAGGAGCGUGGGGAGGAGGGAGGGAAGAACGGGGAGAAGGCACGGGAGGAAGGGAAGAAGGGUAAGCAGGAGAAAGGGGAUGGGAAGGAGGGAGGUCAGGUGGAUGAGGAUGGAGUGGCAGAUGGUGUUUCGGCUGCAGAUGCUAUGGAAGUGGAGGGUGUGGAGGGUGAGAAGGUGGACGGGAAAAUGGGUGAGAAGGCAGGUGAGGGGACGGUGGCAAAGGUGGAAGGAAAGGUGGAGGGGAAGGUGGGAGGGAAGGUGGAAGGGAAGGUGGAGGGGAAGGCGGCGGAAGGGAAGGCAGAAGAAAAGACGGAAGAGUGCAAGCAGGGAGAGCAGUGGGAGAGCAAGAAUAGGCUGGUGCUAUGUAGUGUGAGGGGCCGCGGGUGGUUAGAAGGGCUCCUGCAGCAAUGUGAGCAGCAUAUGGGGGAUGCUGAUGGUGAACGUGGGAGGAGCAGGAGUGGAGAAGGGGAUGAGAGAGAGGCCCUCUCUCUCUUCAAACACUUCAAAACCGCUCUCAACCGCGAGUGCCACGCCAACAGCCUCCUCUGGGCCUCCUGCCGCCCGGGCAGCUCCGACAAUUUCCUCUUCUGCCCGACCCUCCCUUGGCCGAGAACCGAAGCAGUGGCAGGAGAAGGUGGAGGGGAGAGGAAGAAGGACCAGGGAGAUGCGAAAACAGCAGAGGGAAGUGAGGAAGCUGGAAAAGAGGGGAAGAAGGAGGAGGAGAAGGAGCGAGAUGAGGCAAAGAUGGUGGCGCAUUUUCAGAAGCACUGGGAACGCGGAGAGCCGGUGGUGGUGCGGCAGGUGCUGGACCUAAGGCAUGGGCUGAGCUGGGAGCCUCUGGUUAUGUGGAGGGCGUUCAGGGAGACGACUCCUGGCGCGCAGAUGAGUGAGAAGACCAGCGUUGUCGCCAUUGACUGCCUUGACUGGCUCGAGGUGAAGAUCAACACUCGCCAGUUCUUCGAGGGCUACUGGUCGGGCCGCAUGCAUUCCUCCUGCUGGCCCGAGCUGCUGAAGCUGAAAGACUGGCCGCCCUCCGCCUACUUUCACCAGCGCCUGCCCCGCCACGGCUCCGAGUUCAUCAACGCCCUGCCCUUCCACGCGUACCUGCACCCCGAGGAGGGCCAUGUGAAUGUGGCGGCGACGGCAGCGGCGCCUAAGGGGAGUUUGAGGCCGGAUCUGGGGCCCAAGACGUAUAUCGCGUAUGGCAUGAGGGGCGAGCUGGGCGUGGGGGACUCGGUGACCAAGCUGCACUGCGAUAUGUCCGAUGCGGUGAACGUGAUGACGCACUGCCAGGAGGUGCCGCUGAAGCCCUUUCAAGAGAAGCUCGUGCGACGGCUGCGAGAGGAGGUGGAGAGGACUAGGGCGAAGGGAGGAGAGAAGGGGAGGGAGAGGAGCGAGGUAGGGAAGGAGGAGGAGAAGAAGGGGAAGGGGAAGGAUGAGAAGGAGGAGAAGGAGGAGGAGAAGGGGAAGGAGACGGAGGAGAAAGAGGAGAAGGAGAAGGAGAAGGAAAAGGAAAAGGGGAAGGAGAAGGAGAAGGAGGAGAAGGAAGAGGAGAAGGAAGAGGAGAGGGAGAAGGAAAAGGAAAAGGAGAAGGAGAAAGGAGAAGGUGAUGCGAAGAAGCCAUCUGCUGCUGCUGCUGCUGCUGCUGCUGCUGCUCCUACUACUGCUGCUACGACUGACCCUCAUAAAAAGAAGUUGCAGAAGAAGGAAGUGAAGGAGGAGGAGGCUGCUAAAGCGGAUGAAGCGGAAGGGGAAGAAGAGGAGGAGGUGGAGGAGGAUGAGGAGGAGAGGGAAGGGGCAUGGUUCAACGAGCAGGGAGGAGCGCUGUGGGACAUAUUCCGCAGGGAGGACGUAGGGCUGCUGAGGCAGUACAUUCGAGAGCACAAGCAUGAAUUCACUCACCUCCACAACAAGCCUCUGGCCUCUCUAGAACAUGAGGUUCACGACCAGACUGUGUAUCUCUCGAACCAUCACAAGCGCCAGCUGAAAGAGCAAUACGGAGUGCAAGCAUGGACGUUCCAGCAGCAGCGAGGAGAUGCAGUGCUCGUGCCGGCGGGCUGCCCGCAUCAAGUCAGAAACCUCCAGUCGUGCAUGAAGGUGGCAGUGGACUUUGUGUCGCCUGAGAGUGUGUCAGAGUGCGUUGCUCUCACAAAGGAGUUCCGCCUGUUGCCCUCCGACCACCGCGCCAAAGAGGACAAGCUCGGGUACAACGUGUGA